GAACAAGUAAGAGGAGAUAGGGGAGAAGCCAGUACAAUUGAAUCUGAAAACUCCAGUUUGGAAGAGAGUGAAAUUCAUCACAGUGAGACCAACUGCCUCCCAGGCACAGAUUCCCUCUCAUUUAGUGGAGAUUCCACUAGCAAUGAGGAUGACAGUGAGUAUGAGGACUGUCUGGAGGAAGAGGAGGAAGAUUGGCAGACGUGCUCAGAAGAAGACAACAACCCUGAUGACAAGGCCUGUGGUGGGGACUGGGAGGAAAGCUGUACUGUGGAUUCCAAGGCUAAAGAAAGGAAAACCCCACAAAGGAGGAAAAUACACAAUUUUAGCCACCUAGUAUCGAAGCAGGAAUUACUGGAGCUUUUUAAGCAGCUACACACUGGGAAGAAGAUGAAAGAAGGGCAACUUACUAUUGGACUGGUGGGUUACCCUAAUGUUGGUAAGAGUUCAACCAUCAACACCAUCAUGGGCAACAAGAAAGUAUCUGUGUCUGCCACACCCGGUCACACCAAGCAUUUCCAGACUCUCUAUGUGGAGCCUGGCCUCUGCUUAUGUGACUGCCCUGGCCUGGUGAUGCCAUCCUUUGUGUCUACCAAGGCAGAGAUGACUUGCAAUGGAAUUCUACCAAUUGACCAGAUGAGAGAUCAUGUCCCACCUGUAUCACUAGUUUGCCAGAAUAUUCCACGACAUGUUUUAGAAGCUACCUAUGGCAUUAAUAUCAUAAAGCCUAGAGAAGAUGAAGAUCCCCAUCGACCUCCAUCCUCAGAAGAACUGUUGACAGCUUAUGGAUAUAUGCGGGGAUUCAUGACAGCACACGGACAGCCAGACCAACCUCGAUCUGCACGCUAUAUCCUAAAGGAUUAUGUCAAGGGUAAGCUGCUAUACUGCCAUCCUCCUCCCGGAAGAGAUCCUGUGACAUUUCAGUAUCAACACCAGCAACUCUUAGAGAACAAAGUGAAUGGUGAUGAAAUAAAAAUGCCAGGUGGAAAUAAAAAAGCAAAACAGAUUGAAAAUGUAGUUGACAAAGCUUUCUUCCAUCAAGAGAAUGUGCGAGCUUUGACCAAAGGAGUCCAGGCUGUGAUGGGUUACAAGCCUGGGAGUGGCCUGGUGACUGCAAAUAUCACGAGCGCUGAGAACGGGACUGGGAAGCCCUGGAAGAAACAUGGCAACAGAAAUAAAAAGGAGAAAAGUCGUAGACUCUACAAGCAUCUGGAUAUGUGAGCGUGGGCUGCAGCAGAAAUGGCAUCUGCACUGUGCUGAUGGAGAAGAACAAAAGCUGCUGUUGGCCUGUGGAACUUUGCCAAUACCCUAGCGUUGUAGAAUGGACCCUGCUCUUGUGGAGAGCUCUUGACAUCAAGACUGAGGGGCUCCCGGAAACACAGGCUCUGACCAAAUAGUCAUUAGGGGCCCCAGAAACCUAGUCCUAUUGAAGGCUGAAUUUAAGGUGAGGGAAUAAAUCAUAAGUAUUUGUUUGUGUAAUCAUAUACACAAAUGUAUACUAAUUUGUGAAUAGAGGGAUUGUUUUUAAAAAG